GUCCUGGUCUACUUCUCGGUGUGGAAGAGCGUGCGGUCGUCGGGGAAGGUGGUCUACUUCACGGCCGUCUUUCCCUAUGUCCUCCUUUUCGCGUUCCUCGCGCGGGCUCUCACGCUGGAAGGGGCGGUGGAUGGCAUCCAGUUCUUCUUCCAACCCAAGUGGGAGUUGCUGCUGGAAGCGAAGGUUUGGGUCCAUGCGGCGGCUCAGAACUUCAAUUCCAUUCGUUUCGCCUUCGGGACUCUGAUUUCGUUCGCCAGCUACAGUCGCAAGGACAACAACAUCGUCAAGGACACUCUCGUCGUGACCUUGGUCAAUUCCUUGACCAGCUUGAUCGCGGGACUCAUCGUGUUCGCGACGCUGGGGAACCUCGCCCACCAAUUCAACGAGCCCAUCGAUGACAUCGUGGCCGACGGUUCGAAUUACUUCAGCCUCACCAACUUUCGAGAUCGAUUCGGGGUCGCAUGA